AUGUCUUUCCUGAGAGAAAUCAGUCCGAUGGUGAGGAGCAUCCAUUUACCAGGGCAGGAGGUCCUCAUGAGUCGUGCUGCCAGGAUCAGAACUGAGCUUCGGCAGGGCAUUAAGAAAGACUUCAUGGAACUGAUUGACCUCUCAUCCAGUGACAUCCACAGCAGAGGAAUAAAACCCAUUUCCUUCCUUCGACAGGUGAUGGCAGCUUGCUGCUAUCCGUCGCUUCUUCACAGUGACAGGAUUCCAGCCGAUGCCAGAGAGAGGGCGAGAAGUCUGCUUACAGACAGUAAUGGUGGGAGCAUCGGUUCUUAUCCUCCCACCGGUGGAAUGGCUAAAGUCCGCCGCAGUGUGUCUGACUUCAUCACCAGGCGAGACGGUGGUGUACCCUCCAUCCCUGAACACAUCUUUCUCACAACAGGCUCCCAGCAGGCUCUCACAAUCUUUCUAAAGCUACUGGUCAGUGGGGAGGGCCCACUGAGGACUGGAGUUCUUGUCCCGGUACCUUCAUAUUCUACCUUUAGUAUGGCACUGGCUAAUCAGGGUGGAGUCAUGGUGCCCUACUAUCUCUGUGAGGAGCAGGGUUGGGCAUUAGAGAUGGAAGAGCUACAGAGAGCCCUCCAAGCUGCUAGGGGGCACUGUAACCCCAUGGCGCUAUACGUCAUCAAUCCUGGGAAUCCAUCAGGCCUUGUGCAGAGCAGGAAAUCCAUUGAGGAAGUUAUCCGAUUUGCUGCACAGGAGAGACUCUUCUUGCUAGUAGAUGAGGUUUACCAGGAGACCAUACAUGGAGAAGACACAGAGUUUGUCUCCUAUAAGAGAGUGCUGUUUGAGAUGGGCUCUCCUUAUUCCAGCACUGUGGAGCUGGCAUCUUUCCACUCAGUCUCUAAGGGAACAUUUGGAGAAUAUGGAAUGCGUGGUGGCUACGUGGAGCUAGUGAACCUCGACCCCAAGGUUAUGGAACAUGCCCUGACCUUUUUUAACAGAGAUGGAUCCGGAACUGUCAUGGGUCAGAUUGCCCUGGAUAUUUUGGCCGAUCCUCCACAACUUGGGGAUCCUUCAUAUCCUCUUUACUCCCAGGAGGUUCAGUCCAUUAAAAACACACUGCUCAGUAACGUGCGUCGGGUCCAUAGUGUUUUGAACGGCGUGCCUGGGAUGAGCUGCCAGCCCAUACGAGGAGGACUAUAUGCCUUUGUUCAACUGCAUCUUCCUCAAAGAGUAAUAGAACAGGCUAAGGAGGCUGGUGUGGAGCCUGAUAUGAUGUACUGCCAGCGUCUGCUGAACGAGGCAGGACUAUGUGUAGUUCCUGGUUGUGAGUGCGGACAGAGGGAGGGCAGUUACCACAUCAGGUUCUGUAUAGGGGUCCAAGAAGAGAUCAUGGAGGAGGUUCUGCAGAGACUGAAGAGCUUCCACUCCCAUUUCAUGAGAGAGUUUUCCUGA